CGCGUUCCGGGCGGCUCGCAGGAUGCUGACGAGCGCGCAGACGUCUGAGACAAGCUCCCGCGGUCGGAUGCUUUCCCGCCGGGAGACAUGCGUCUGCUCGUUGUGGCGACUUUCUUUGGAGUCUUAAUGGCGCUAGCAGGAGACGCCCUUCAGAUCCAGUGCUACCAGUGCGAGGAAAUGAAGCACAACGACUGCUCCACGCCCGAGUACAUUGUCAACUGCACCGUCAAUGUGCAGGAUAUGUGCCAGAAGGAGGUGCUGGUCCGACCUGAUGGGAUUCAUUACCGGAAAUCUUGCGCUUCCUCCGGUGCUUGUCUCAUCGCCUCCUCCGGUUAUCAGCAGUUCUGCACCGGGCGGCUGAACUCGGUGUGCAUUUACUGCUGCAACACGCCACUCUGCAACGGACGCAAGAAGAAGCGACCCGGUUCCUCCGCGGCAACACCAUACCCCCAGAUGAGCGUUUUUCUCGCCCUACUUUUGCCAGCGCUGUCCCUGACAUAGAUGCCCCCCCUGCAUCUCCUGCACGCCACUACGUGUUUCAUUUGAACCACCGUAACGACCUUCAUUCCCACCUGACUCUAGCACACGCUCUAUCAAUCCCUUCCUGUUUUCAGGACCAGAAUCCCUCAAAAGUUUUUUGCUUUUUUUGUGAGUUGGACUGUGCGGUCCGUGGGGUUUUGGUCAGGUCCUUCUACCGUAUGCCUUAAUAGCGCCUAUACUAUAAAUUGCAUAUGUUUUCUUGCCUUUUGUGUCACGAGUAGUCAACGUGUACUUUUUCAUCGCAAAAUGUGCAUCAUAUUUUUCCCCCGGGGGUGGACAAUGCCUGGUAAUGUGCAUCAACACCAUGUGAGAAUUAGAUAUUCAAAAAGUAUUUAAAUUGUACUUUGUAGUAGCAGGAGGACAAAAGGCAAAACUUGUCAGGUUCAAGCACUGAUGACAUCUAUUAACCAAGACAAAAGGCAAAGAAUCAAAGAGAGACAGAAUAAAAUUUGGACUCAGAUCUGAGGAGAGACAUGGCCACUGUACUCUCAGUACAAUCCUGCACCACGCUCUCCCCCAAGAUUGUACUCCUCUUUCUUUAUUUGACUUUCUCCCCCUUCCUUCCCACAGCUGCUUCCUGAGGGAAGUGGGUCGUAAACAGCGUUGCCUUCUGUUACCGAACAGUUCGAAGAGAGUUUGUCAAAUAUUUCAAAAAGAGUUCCAUAAAAUAGUUCAAAGAGAGUACCAUAAAAUAGUUCAAACAGAGUCCCACAAAUAAGUUCAAAGAAAGUUUCAUAAAUAGUUCAAAAAGAGUUCUUGUGGAAGUUGGGUAGAUCCUGCCAUCUUUCCGCUUUGUAGUCCCAGUGGAGUUUUACGAGCCUUCUUCUCGGAAGGUUUCAGCCUUUUGUCUUCUUGUCUGUAACACAAUGUAAUACAACGUUUUUUGUGAUAAUUUAGAAACAAUUAUUGUAACAGUUACCUUAGGCUUUAAAUGGGCAGAUUAGUGCAUGAUCCGAAGUUGCAUAAAAGAGAGGUAUGUAUGAGGGGCCGUUAGGGACAUUAUUCAGAAUGAGCUCUUACACACACUACUGAAAUGCUGUCAUAUAAACAAAGACAGUUUCAGCAGUGUGUGUGAGAGAAAAACAUUUCAGUUGUUUAUAUGAGAGCAUUUUAGUAGUGUAUGUAAGAGGUCAUUGUGAAUAAUGUCCCUAACGGCCCCUCAUUGAGAGGAGCCCGUUUAUAUUGGCACCCUAAAUGGCACGUCUACUUUUGGCAGAAAAUAUUUUAAAACUAUUAACUAUUAAGUAUUUUAAAAAUUACAUAAUUUUUUUCUGUUUUUUGACAUAAUUUUCCUCUAUUUGUUCAUAUUUUUUGUUGCUACAACACAGUAUUUAUCUUUCAUGUCUUGGCUAUCAUAACAAUAUAAUGAAAUU